UCUAGCAGUUGCCUCAAACGUUUAGAUCUUUGUUUGUAACCAAAUGUGACUCAUAUCUAACACAGAAAAUUCCGCUGAAGUCUCAUCUGUGACACUGUCGCCUCUUUACCCCCUUGUUCAGUUCACUUCCUGACAGACAUCACUGACGGCUCACUGACAAAUGAGAAAGGGAACGGAAAUCCUAUCCAUCACUUCUGUCAGACUGCUGAAUGCUUCAGUAUAUUAGAGACAACCCACCACUUUGCCCACAACUUUGCGCCACGACCUCUCGGUAACUUCUGGAUUACUGGAAAGCAGAGGGGAUGAGACUACCAGAGAACAUGCCCCUGCUGAGUCAUUAUCUUCUCUUACAGUAGGCUGAAGAGGAACUGCGCUUCCAAACCCACAACACACCACAGGUAGCGUCUGUAACUAAGGCUAUCUCGUGGAUAGAAAUGGAAAGCUCAAACUCUACGCACGGACCUUAUUCAAUAAACGAGACCACGACUCAGAAUUCACAAACAGACCGUGUCGAGAAAUCAAUCAAUUUGCCGCUUUUUAUGUUUGCUGGAGGCGCCGUUGGGAAUUUAAUUGCAAUAAUCGUUCUUUCGGUAUCAAGACAGCAGCGCAAAUCUUCCGCUUUCUACACGCUGCUGUGUGGGCUGGCGGUGACGGACCUGCUGGGCACCUGCCUGGCCAGUCCGAUAACUAUAGCCAACUACCUUAACCCCAAUGUGCUGUUGGACCAACAUGUCUGCGAGUUUCAGUCCUUUUUGUUGCUGUUUUUCGGUUUGACCGGACUCAGCAUCAUAUGCACCAUGGCAGCAGAGCGAUACCUGGCCAUAUGCUGCCCGUACACCUACCAGCGGUGGGGAGUGGAUCGACGCUUCGCGCAGAAGCUUCUGCUCUGCAUCUACAUCAGUCACAUCUUCUUUUGCUGCCUCCCAAUGAUGGGCAUGGCGAAUAGCACACUGCAGCCGUCCGAAACCUGGUGCUUCAUCGACUGGAGGAAACACGACCCCGUGUCCACCACCUACUUCGUCCUGUACAGCGUCGUUAGCCUGCUGCUGAUCCUCGGCACCAUCCUGCUGAACCUGGCGGUGUGCGGCGCGCUGCUGCUGAUGCGCCAGAGGGUCGUGCAGCUGCCCGUCACCAGAGGCAGCGUCCGCGAAAGGUGGAGAGCUCUGUCCUCGGCCGCAGAGACUCAAAUGAUCGCGGUGCUGGUGAUGACUUCUGUGGUGGUCCUGGCCUGCUCAGCCCCACUAGUGGUUCGUGUGUUUGAAAACUGCUUCAGUGAUGAAAAAAACUUCAAAGCAGACCUGGCUGCCAUCAGGAUAGCCUCAGUUAACCCCAUCCUUGACCCCUGGAUCUACAUCCUCCUCAGGAAGUCCCUGUUCCGCCGGUUCCUCGGUUUAUCCAGGCGAGGCAGCAGCAGCCGCAGCAGCUCCCCUCCUUUAACGCAAACCACCCUAUUUACUACCAGCAUUGUGAAGGACAGCAGCGUGUUCACCCAGCUGAUGUGCAACGCCAGCAUCAUCACUCAGCUGCCCGCUACUGUCACAUUCACUCCGCGCAACACGGAGAGAGCCUCCAGCAGACUUGACUCUGCUGAGUGAGCACAUAUUUGACACCGAUGAAUGUUUGCUGCGUUAUGGUGGCAUGAAGAGCUUCACAUGCGACUCUCUCUCAGAGCCGCUGAUGAUGAAGAUGUGGUGGGCCCACAGCACGGAGGGAUCCCCAGAGCUCCUGGAAGAUUAUUUAUUGACUGAAAGAGUUGUGUGUCACGGGGCUGACAAGAAAAGAGAAACAAUGUUUGAUUGAGUUGUUGUUACUGAAGUGCAAUGAUAGAUCGAGCCUUUCCAUUCUGUCCAACCUCCCCUUGUGGCUUCCGCCUAGCUGAGACACUCUUUCGCUAGAUGAAUGUCAUCUCUCAUGGGGCUCACCUCCACCUUUCCCCUUCCACCUUCCUCCAGAUGUCUCUGACAAUGCCAAAGAGCCAUCAGAUGGUUCUUGUGAUGGACAGGAUCCUCCCUCAGCUCCAACAGUGUUUAUGGAAAACUCCCCGAUGGUUUGUGUGGGUUUCGUUAUUUCUUUUUCAUCAGGAGAAACAUAUGAAAUUAAUAGAGCACCGACCAAAAUAUGCUGAUGGCUGUUUGUAAUAAAGACUCAUGUUUGCACUAGAAAAUCAGUCAACUGUCUUUGUCCUGGAAUGAAAUCAUGGGCGCAGAAAGAGCCAAGUGAAAUGGUGAGAGGUCACAUCAACAGGUCACAUCAACAAAGAAAAAGUACAUAGGAUGAAAGAGAAGCAAAAAACCACAUCCACUUUAUCUCUUUCUUUAUGACAAAUACAUUGAAAACAAAACUAAAAAACCCCAGCACGCCAAAAAACAAAUGCAGGGAAAUCAGGUCAUUAGUCAUUGUGUGUAGGCAGCUAAGCUCUAAAACACUUUCGCCUUAAUGCUAACAGUCUGCACUCCUGUGUAGAGGAACACUAAAGAGCUGUCACUGGUGGCUAACUGAGGCUGCCAGCAUCCAUCAUAACAUGGAAAGAGGAGAAAGUGAGCUCCGUGUGCCCAACAAAGACACGCUGCAGAUGUGCGUCCUCCUCUGAAAGAUCACGUGGAGCCACAUAAAAGAAACUUGUGCCUGUUGUUACCAUACCGACUUCUUGUAAACACAGUCUGGUGUAAACAAACAUGACAGCGUACACUCGGAGCUUCAAGUAAAUCAUUCAGUUCUACUUAAAAGUGCUGACAUUUGUGCUGCAUUAUUAAUUUGUGCCCACUAGGGGGAACUAACUGACAUUUUUUUUAAAAAUAUAUCAUCAACAUGUGGUUUUGCCUUUGGGAAACUGGGAGAUAAAUAAGGUUUUAGCUCCUAAUCAAAUACCAAAUUGCCAUUUUAUUCAUCACCACUUUGUAUAUUACCUGCACAACAGUGGCAGAGAUACUGGAAAGUUUUUAAGUGAAGAAGCACACAUUUGAGGCCAGGAAGAAACAUACAUGACAGAACAGAGCAACUGAAAUGUCAUGUUAGAUUUAUACACGCUCUCCUGAAAUUAAGCGCUGCACACACAUAAUCAAGAUACUUGGACCUGAUACUUGAAACUGUGCACCAACAGGGAAGAAAGGUGAUUUAAGGGACGUUAAUCGUGUUUCAGAAACUGCUGAUCCGCUGGGAUUUUCCUGCACAAAGAUUUAAAACAUCCAGUCAAGGGAGUUUCUCUGAGUGUAAAUGGCUUGUCAAAAACAGAGGUCAAAGGAGAACAGAUGUUUUGAGAUGACCAAAGUUGUAGAAGAACAUGUCUGAAUGAAAAUUGCUGAACCCUGAGGCAGAUUUUAUACAGCAGCGGGACAACAGGAGACUGGAAAUACAUUACCUCAGGGGUGGGCAAUUCCAGGCCCAGAGGGCCGGUGUCCCUGCAGGUUUUAGAUGUG